AGCAACCAUUGAAGAGGCACGCAGUCUCUUACACUGGUUGGACUCUCAGGCAGGUUUUGGCAAGAUGGGUGUUUGUGGACUUAGUAUGGUCCAGGAGGAGUGCAUGCUGCUAUGGUUGGAUCACUUCACCCUACACCUGUUGCAACACUCCCUUUUCUAUCUCCACAUUCUGCCGUUGUCGCAUUCUGUGAGGGGAUUUUGCAGCAUGGCACUGCCUGGGAAGCGCUCAGGGAGGAUCUUGCUGCCCAGAAGGUUGCAAUGACUCUCGAGGAGGUUAGAGAACGAAUGAGAAAUGUUCUGUCUCUCACAGAUGUCACACGCUUUCCAAUUCCCAAAAACCCCAAUGCUGUAAUCUUUGUUGCUGCCACUCAAUCUGAAAACACAAACUUUUCUGCCUUAUUUUCUUCCUGUUCCUAAAUCUGGCUAUUGCUGUGACAAUCAAAAUCAAGCUAAAAGUUUAUCAAACCUGAGAGAAUUUCAGUUAGGUGCACUGGUACAUAUGAAGUGCAUUUGAUACAUA